GAUAUAUGUCAUAACUCAAAGGAUAGACAAGUACAUACAAGAUCUUACCAUAUUAAUUCAUCCAUGUAUUGGAUUGUAAUACGAAUGUCACAAGAGUUGAGGUUGGCCCACAAACAUUUAUUCGCUAAGACCAUGAAUAAGUAUUAAUGAAAUAACAACAAAGGUUACGUCUGGUCAAUAACCUUAAAAAAUGAUAGUGCUUCCUAAGCAAUAUUAUUGUAUAAUCGAAAAUCCAAUAGUAAAGGAUAAAGAUGGUCAACCAACAAAGGAUAAAUAUGGGUGAGUUACUUAAUGGUAUUUUUAGUUAAUUUGUUGUACUUCAUGGUGAACGAGAAAUUCGUUUCUUUGAGUAGUAUAGUACUCCUUUCCCUCUGUAUCCAAAAGAAAACUUACUCCAAUAGCCAACAAAGUUGACAAUAGUGAAAGAAGGAAGUGCUUUGAAGAUUGAGGCCCAACGUAAUUUUAAAAAAGGAGAAGAUGAAAUGUAUCUUAUUAUAUAAAAAUAAUUUAGUUUAGCAGGAGAUCAAUACCUAUUUAAAGGUCCAGCUACUUAUUACCCAAGAAUAGAAGAAAAAAUUUUGGGUUAAAUAGAUUCUAUAUUAAUAAAAGAGAAUUAGGCAAUUCUAAUAAGAGCAAAAUAAGAAGAAACAGAUUGUAAUGGUUUGGUGAGAAAAUCUGGUGAACUAUGGUUGAUUAGAACUCCAGGAUAUUACUUACCUUAGGUGUAUGAAGAGUUUGUCAAAAUAAUAGAUGCUGAAAUUUUAGAUAAUCGAAAGGCGUUGCAUUUAAAAGCAAUAUAGACCUUCAAAGAUGUAUAUGGUAAUUAAUGAAUAAUAAUAAUGAUUAGGUAUUGAGAGAAAGGCAGGAGAGGAAUAUUUAAUAACAUCAGAACAAACAUCAGCACAUAUAGUUGAUGUAUUUGAAGAGUUGGUUACAGUUAUAAAUUUGACAGUGUUAGAUCCAAGAUAAUAUUGUGUAAUAGAGAAUCCAUUUGAUUUUGAAACUUAAAGAAAUAAAUUUGGAUCUAAAGUUUUAGUGGAAGGUCCAAGAAGUUUUUUCCUUAGACCUAAUGAAACUUUAUAAAAUGGAAUUUAAGAUUCAUAUAUUUUAUCAGAAGACUAGGCAUUACUUUUGAGGGCAAAAGAGAAAUGUAAAUUCACUGAAAAGAAGUUGGUUAAGAAGGAUUAAUUUGAAGAAGUAGAAGUAGAAUAUGAACCAGGUAAUAAAUGGAUGAUUCAUGGUCCAUGCAUUUAUACACCACCAAUAGUAGUAGAGGUAAUUGAAAAAAGAGAGAGAAUUCCUCUAGAUAAAAAUGAAGGUGUAUAUGUAAGAGAUACAAGAACUGGUUAAGUAAGAACAGUCUUUGGAGAAUCAUAUAUGUUAAAAUCUCAUGAAGAAUUAUGGGCUAUGGAAUUACCUAACAAUGUUGAAUUAUUGUUAUCACCAUAAUAUUUCCACACUGGAGGUAAAAGAGAUAAAUGGAAGGUUGUUAGUUAUAGAGCUCCAUUCAAUACAGCUGUUUAAGUUUAUGAUUACAAAACCAAAAAAACAAGAAUUGUAUUUGGUCCAGCUUUAGUAUGUUUAGAACCUGAUGAAGUCUUUACUUAAUUAUCAUUAUCUGGUAAAACACCUAAAACUCCAGGAGUUGUAAAUACAUUACAUGUUAUGAUGGGUCCAGAAUUCUCUACUGAUGAAAUUACAGUAGAAACAUCAGAUCAUGCUGUCUUAAAAUUACUUUUGGCUUAUAAUUGGAAAUUCAAAGUUGAUGAAAAUAAUAUUGAAUCAGCUUCUAAAAUCUUUGCAGUUAAAGAUUUUAUAGGAGAUCUCUGCAAUCAAAUGGCUUCUAAAGUUAGAGCUGCAGUUGCUUCUGUUGUUUUUGAUAAAUUCCAUAAGACUUCUGCCAAACUCAUCAGAACUGCUAUCUUUGGUGUUGAUGAUCAUGGUAAAAUUAGAAAAGAAUAUCUCAUGAUUAAAAAUAAUCUUGUUAUUACUAAUGUUGAUAUCAAAACUGUUGAACCUGUUGAUAAUCAAACAAGAUAAAGUCUUUAAAGAUCAGUAUCUUUAGCUAUUGAAAUUUCAACUAAAAAAUAAGAAUAAGCUGCUUAACAUGUCGCAGAAUAAUAAGAAUAAUAAGCUCAAGGUGAAUUAGAUUAAUUAAGAAUUGAAGAUGAUCUCAAAGCUGAAGCUGCUAAAUAAAAAUUACUUGAAAUGGAAAACAAAUCUUAAGAAGUUACAUAAUAAGGAUCUGCCAUUGCUGAAGCUGAAGCCAUUGCUAAAGCUGAAUAAAUUAAAGCUUAAAAAGAAUAUGAGCUAGCUUAAUUGAGAGCCAGAGCUAGUAAAAUUGAAAAAGAAGCUGCCUUAAAACACAAACAAAAAGAAUAAGACCAAACUAUUAAAUAUGAAUAAGAAAAAGCUGAACUUGAAAUUAGAAGAGCUAAAGAACUAGCUUUGAUUGAAUCAAAUAAGUUUGAGUAACUUAUUGAAGCUUUAGGAUAAGAUACACUUAUUGCCAUGGCAAAUGCUGGACCAGAAAUGUAAGCCGAGUUGCUUAAGGGAUUGGGAUUAUAAGGAUACAUCUUUACUGAUGGAAAUAAUCCUAUCAACUUAUUCAACGGAGCUUAAUAAUUGAUUGGAGGAGCAAUGCCAUAAUGAUAUUAUACAUCAAUCAUUAAGUCAU